AAGGGACUGCCGAACGGCGACUGGAGGAUAUCCGCCAGUCGGCCGCUAAGAGCGCCAGUUCCUUGAGCAUGUGUCUCCAGUCCUCCAUGUCCGUCUGGUUGCUGUGCUUGGCUGUGCUAGUGGCCAGCGCCUAUUCUGCAGCGUUUGGUGAUUCAGUCGAAGAAGGAGUGCGGGACAAGAAAAUCAUCACGCUUUUACGGCGGAAUAACAGCUGCAAGUUGUACGGCCACUCGUGUCUUGGAGGCCACGGGAAGCGUUCAGACGACGGCAGCGCCCCUGGCGGCGGCGUCUCCCCCGACGUGAUGCAGAUGCUGCGCAAGACGACCGAUGACGAAGCACUGCCCCCGUUCCCGGCCCAGGCCAGGUUCGACAGGGUGGCCCUACUCGAGAAGGCGCUCAUCCAACUGCUGAGGAACAGGAUGAUGGUCUGAGGACGGGCAGCUCGGCUCUUUGCGGGCACACCGCGCCGCUGAGAACCCCGGGCAACGACGCUGCCCGCAUAGAAGCUGGAGGAGAUGACGGAGACGAAGAACGAAAGCGGAUGGUUUUUGCACAAAUAUUCAUAAUAAUAAAAACAAGAGAACCAUGAAGAAACUUUGCA